UUUGCAAAGAGAAUUUAAAUGCCACAUUUUAGUAAUUUGCUGUAAUAUUUUCGGAGAUUUUUGAUUUGUGUCGUAUUAUAAUUUGGAAUUACUUUCGUUGAUGGAUUUUCUAGAUUUAAUAUUAAGAUCGUAGCUAUUUGUAUAUAUUCGAGGGAAAGCAGUAAGUAACAGCACGCUUUCGCACCAAAUAUGUCACGCAAGGAGAAUGUUGUAAUGAAAAACGACGUCUUUAUUGGUACGCAAUAUUCGUCGGGAGAUUUUAAUAAAAUGCCUAACAAACCUAAACAGCACUACCAAGAAGAAAACAACAACGAGGUAGAUGAGUUGUCUAAAGAUUUCUCGGAAAUGGGAUGCGUUGUGGGCACCAUAAAACGACCACCAAACAUAUGCGUUGAAACUUGCGUCUAUGAAUCCGAAACUGAACAUUCCGAGGACCAAGAUAGCCAAAAAAACGAAGAAGAUAAUUAUUCCGAUAAUUUUGAAGACGACAAAAGCGAUGAAGAAACUGAACCCAAAUUGGCUAAAAGUGAGACAACAAAUAAAAAGGAAGAUCAGGGACCUUCGGAUAUUAAGUUGUCGAAAAGUCAUUCGUUCAUGUCGAGUAAAACUAAUGUGUCUGUGGCCAGAUCUAAAGCUUCAACUUAUGGUUCAAUAUCAGUGCCUCACACGAGACGCGUAAACAUGUCGUUCACAAACGAGCGCCUACGCGAGAUCGAGCGGCACAAUCACAUAUUACUAACGAAGAUAAUGAGCGCUCGCAACUCGCGCAAGAGCUCUAUACCUUCGCCCGUGGCGCCCCCGCCCAAUCGUGCCCCGCCGUCUGCUUCGAUAUUUCGCAAGCGUCAGCAGCGGCAGAUUGACCACGAAAACAUGAUCCUAUUGCGAAAGAUCCAGCGCGCCAAGUCAUCAGCAUGCAGUAUCCGCCGUUGAUACACGCCAGCGUCCGAACCAAGGGCGCUAUUCUCUUGUUAUCUUCUACAUUAUUAUACUUUUAUACCAAA